AUGUUUUCUGUAACUAUUGCUCAGUGCAGUGUGCUGAGCAGUUACCGGUAUGCAAUGUUUUCUGUAACUAUUGCUCAGUGCUGUUCUGAGCAGUUACCCAUAUACAGUGUUUUCUGUAACUAUUGUUCAGUGCUGUAUGCUGAGCAGUUACCGGUAUGCAAUGUUUUCUGUAACUAUUGCUCAGUGCUGUAUGCUGAGCAGUUACCUGUAUGCAAUGUUUUCUGUUACUAUUGUUCAGUGCUGUAUGCUGAGCAGUUACUGGUAUGCAAUGUUUUCUGUAACUAUUGCUCAGUGCUGUAUGCUGAGCAGUUACCGGUAUGCAAUGUUUUCUGUAACUAUUGCUCAGUGCUGUAUGCUGAGCAGUUACCGGUAUGCAAUGUUUUCUAUUUUUCCUGUGCCUAUAUUGGAGAUAUCCUGUUACAAGGAAAUUUGUAUGUUUCACAAAACUGGUUCUGCUUCUACUCAAGAAUAAGGGGCCGUGGCAGAUUGUUGGAGAUCCCCAUGGACAGUGUUAUCAGUAUAACAAGAGAGAAAACUGCAAUCAUAUUCCCUAAUGCUAUAGGACUACAGACCAAAAAUGACAAGUAUGCAUUUGGGUCAUUUAUAUCUCGAGACAAUACAUACAAGUUCUUUGUCAGUAUGUGGAAGAAAUCUCAGGAAGCAAAGACUUCAGAGGGCAUGGAUGCUGCAUGUGAAACGUUGAAGCCUAACAGGAGUUCUUCAUCCUUUACACAAGAAGGUUUACUUGGAAAGCGGGAUAACUCAUUUACUAAUAAUGCAGCGACCAAUGGUAAUGUUGGGGAGAAUCUUUCUAAUCAAUCACAUUCAAAUUCUAAAUCUGACUCGAGUGAUAACUCUGAUAGCAGUAUAUGUAUUGAGAGUGGUUCAGUAGAUGUUAGUGACAUUAAUGAGGCAAGCUUAAAUGAUCUCAGUGUAAAAACAGACAGUAAUUCAAGUCCUGUACGGCAAGUGUCACGGCGCAGUAAUAAAAGAGUGCAGAAGAUGACAAAUCAAGAUAAAAAGGUUAUCGGUGUCAGGAAGAAAGCUCUUGAAGGAAAGACUGUUACAUCUGAAGGAAAAAGACUUCAGUUUCCAUACUCUGUGAUGCACUGUAUAGACAGACAAAAGACUAUAAUGGCCUUGCAGAACUCUGCAUCUAAACUUCAAAAAAUUCCAAGAACCAAUCUACUUCUGGCAAUAUGUACGUUGUUACUAUUAUUUUUAAUGUUAUCAGCAGUUGGACUCACUUACAAGAUACUUAAUUUGGAGACGAAAAUAUCAUCUCGAAAUUUGUGGACCGAGGCUGAUCAUAAUUUCAACAGGGACAAGACAUAUUUGAAUAUUAUGGGUCUGCAAUCUGUAAUGAGAGAAUCCACAGCGGAACAUGUGCAGAAUAUACUAAAAGCAAAUCUAAAGAUUUUACAUGAGAUAAAUUCAAGUUUGCAAAGUUUAAAGAAAACUAGUGAUAAACCAGAAACUGUUUAACAGUUUGAGGUUACCUGUAUUCUGGUAACUCUAGAUGUGCUAGGAUGGUGUCCUGUCUGAGACCACUGAAAUGUACCUGGUAGUGGUUGGUAACCUCUCUCAGACCAAAAAGAAGCAGGGGUUUUACCAACUGUGCUUGAAGGAAUAUGUCACCAGUUUCCUGAAAAUUGUUACGUGGUUAUAUGUUGUCAACAAUUUGUUGUCUUGGCUACAGCUGAUGUAUUUACAUGAAAUUUUCUGUUUUGGGUUGGCAGUGUUGCAGAAUUUUGUUUUUAGCUCACCUGUCACAAAGUGACAAGGUGAGCUUUAGUGAUCGCGUGGCGUCCGUCGUCCAUCCGUCCGUCCGUCCGUGCGUGCGUUCGUGCGUGCGUAAACUUUUGCUUGUGACCACUCUAGAGGUCACAUUUUUCAUGGGAUCUUUAUGAAAGUUGGUCAGAAUGUUCAUCUUGAUGAUAUCUAGGUCAAGUUCGAAACUGGGUCACGUGCGGUCAAAAACUAGGUCAGUAGGUCUAAAAAUAGAAAAACCUUGUGACCUCUCUAGAGGCCAUAUUUUUCAUGAGAUCUUCAUGAAAAUUGGUCAGAAUGUUCACCUUGAUGAUAUCUAGGUCAAGUUCGAAACUGGGUCACGUGGGGUCAAAAACUAGGUCAGUAGGUCUAAAAAUAGAAAAACCUUGUGACCUCUAGAGGCCAUAUUUCUCAAUGGAUCUUCAUGAAAAUUGGUCAGAAUGUUCACCUUGAUGAUAUCUAGGUCAAGUUCGAAACUAGGUCAUGUGGGGUCAAAAACUAGGUCAGUAGGUCUAAAAAUAGAAAAACCUUGUGAUCUCUUUAGAGGCCAUAUUUUUCAAUGGAUCUUCAUGAAAAUUGGUCAGAAUGUUCAUCUUGAUGAUAUCUAGGUCAAGUUCGAAACUGGGUCACGUGCGGUCAAAACUAGGUCAGUAGGUCUAAAAAUAGAAAAACCUUGUGACCUCUCUAGAGGCCAUAUUUCUCAAUGGAUCUUCAUGAAAAAUGGUGAGAAUGUUCACCUAGAUGAUAUCUAGGUCAGGUUUGAAACUGGGUUAUGUGCGGUCAAAAACUAGGUCAGUAGGUCUAAAAAUAGAAAAACCUUGUGACCUCUAGAGGCCAUAUUUCUCAAUGGAUCUUCAUGAAAAUUGGUCAGAAUGUUCACCUUGAUGAUAUCUAGGUCAAGUUCGAAACUGGGUCACGUGUGGUCAAAAACUAGGUCAGUAGGUCGAAAAAUAGAAAAACCUUGUGACCUCUCUAGAGGCCAUAUUUUUGAUGAGAUCUUCAUGAAAAUUGGUGAGAAUGUUCACCUUGAUGAUAUCUAGGUCAGAGUCAGAAGUGGGUCACGUGCCUUCAAAAACUAGGUCAUUAGGUCAAAUAAUAGGAAAACCUUGUGACCUGUCUAGAGGUCAUAUUUUUCAAUGGAUCUUCAUGAAAAUUGGUCAGAAUUUUUUAUCUUGAUGAUAUCUAUGUCACAUGUGCUCAAAAACUAGGUCACUAUAUCAAAUAAUAGAAAUAAUGACGUCGUACUCAGUUCAACACUAGGUCAUGUGGGGAUAGGUGAGCGAUUCAGGACCAUCAUGGUCCUCUUGUUGAUUUUGCCAUAUAUGUUUUGGCCAUCUUGGUUGACACAAAAUAUUUGAACCAACUGUGUUAUACACAAUAUUGUAUUUUGUGAGAAAAGAUGCUAUUUUAAAUUAAGAUUUCUUUGUUGCCAGCCAUGAUAUGUAUGAAAUGUUUAGUAAGAUACUGUUGGUAUUACCAGAGAAUGGGAUGUUGAGAAAUAGACAGGGAGUUUUUAUGUUGAAAUGUUACACUGCAUUAAUUUGAUGUUUACCAAUCUGAUUAUUAAUCUGAUUAUUAAUAUAAAACCAGUCUAGAGUUUUGAACAAGUCUGUGAUCAAUUUUUAGCUCAUAUGAACCAAAGGUUCAGGAUGAGCUUACGUGAUGGGCCUGUGUCCGUCUUCGGUCAUACAUCGUCUUCACCUUUAAACAACUUCUUCUUAUGAACUGCUUGAUAGAUCAUCACCACAUUUAGUCUGUAGUUUCCUUGUAAGGUCCUCUCUCAAAUUUAUUUAAAUGAUUCGACUUGAUUGAUUUUAGGGACCACCAGAGCUAAAAAUAGAAAUACCAUCUUCUCAUGAACUGCUUGAUGGAUUGUGACCAAAUGUGGCAUCCUUCUAACGUCCUGUCUUACAUUUGUUCAAAUAGUUCUGCUUGACUGAUUUUAGGGGUUGCAAGAGCUUAAAAAAGAAAAACCUUUUACACUAUACACCAUAUCGUUACCAUUGAUAAUUCAGUAUGUCAUACAUAUAUUCAAGGUCAAAUUGUCAGUUUCAGGUGAGUGAUUUAGGGGCACUUUGCCGUCUUGUUUAAGUGUGUUUUUUCAGGACCCUUAAAACAUUCCUUUGAACUUUAUCAGUACCUGUUUUUAUUUGAUGUUACAUGUUGUUUCUAUAUGUGCUCUGUGAUUUUAGAACAGUUCCAUGUUGCUUUGUAUUCAGUCAAUUAGACAAAUCACAAUAGGAUUGUGUGUUAUUGUAAAGUAUCGUGAUCUGUAUUCUGUAUGUAUUGAAGGUCACAGUAAGGAUUAAUAGUUAUUUUUUGGACAUUUUUAGCUCAACUAUAUGAAGUAUAUAGAGAGCUAUCCUACACGACCUAGCAUUCGUGUCAGUGUCCUUCCACUUCCACACCUUGGUUAAAGUUUUGAUGCACUUUCUAUUUAACUAUUUAACUCUUUAAUUACUGGAUGGAUUUCUUUCAAACUUAAAGUAGUUAUUCCUCAUCAUCAAUCACAUCAUAUGACACAAGGGUCAUAUUUCUUGCACCAGUAUUUCAUGAAUUAUCCCCCCUUUUUAUCUAAAAAUUCUGGUGCACUUUCACUCUAUCUCCCACCACACAGUGGUGUGGGAGACAUGUUGAUUUACUCCAGUCUGUGUGUGUGUGUCAGUCUGUCUGGCUGUCUGUCACAAAGCUUGUCCGCACUCAAAGUCGAACAUUUCUUAUCCGAUUUUCACCAGACUUGAACAAAAUGUGUUUGACCAUAAGACCUCGGCCAAGUUCGAUAACUAGCCAAAUCGGUCCAGGUGUAUUGGAGUUAUGGCCGUUGAAUUACCAAAAAUCGGCCUUUUUACUCUUGUCCGCACUCUAAGUCGAACAUUUCUCAUCCGAUCUUCAUCAAACUUUAACAAAAUGUGUUUGACAGUGAGACCUCGGCCAAGUUUGAUAACUAGCCAAAUUGGUCCAGGCGUUUUGGAGAUGUGGCCCUUGAAUUACUGAAAAAUCCGCCUUUUUACUCUUGUCCACUCUCUAAGUCGGACAUUUCUUUUCCGAUCUUCACCAAACUUGAACAAAAUGUGUUUGGCCAUAAGACCUUAGCCAAGUUUGAUAACUAGCCAAAUCCACCCAGGCACUUUCGAUUUAUGGCCCUUGAAUUACUGAUUGGAUCCACUCGUCCAGACCAUCUAAUUGGAUCCACUCGUCUAAACCAGCUAGAGAGACUAGACAUUUUUCAUAGUGGCAGUUGUGGGAGACAUACGCUUUCUCAAAAGCAUCUCUAGUUACUAAAUGGAUUGAAACAAACUUAAAAUAUUUGUUCAACAUCAUCACCCACAUUAUAUGACACAAGGGCUCUGCCCCAAUUUUUCAUGAAUUAUGCCUCUUCUUUUACAUAAAAUUUUAGGUUAAUUUUGAUGCAUUUUCGCUUUAUCUCUAUUGUUACAGAAGGGAUUUGAUUCAAACAUAAGAUAAUUUUUCCACAUCAUCUUCCACACCAUUUGACACUUCCACUAUAUCUUUGAUAUUUCUUAAUGAAUUUGAUUCAAACUGAAAAUAGUUCUUUCACAUCAUCAUCUUCGUCAUAUGACACAAUGUCUAUCACUGUGGUACAAAUAUUUCAUAAAUUUUGAGGCCUUUUUACUUAGAAUUUCAGCUUUAUUUUUAUUCUUUUCACCAUAUCACUGUUGUUACUAUAUGGAUUUGAUUCAAGCUUAAAGGCUUCAGAUUGUUCAAAAACAAAAACAAACCAGAUUUUUUGUAGAUACAGUUUAACCUGUCUUUAGCAGCCAGCCAAGGGAAGCAGACAAUUUGGCCGCUAAAGCCAGGUGACCGCUUUUCGGAGGGGCGUCAUUUUUGGGGGGUUUCCCAUUAUUAUUUUGAUACAAUGACGUGCAUUUGUCUUCGCAAUACGAAUGGUCUUCUUAACAAUCUAAAAUUCCGGCGUGUUUUUUUACUACAAAAAUUGAUACAGACAAUUUUCCAACUUCAAAACAAGUUUGUUUACAAUUUUCGCCAUUUUGGUAAGGGAAGCUACUCUCCGCGCUUAUUGUCUACGCUAAAAUCUACGAUUGCCGUUACGUUUGGUAAAAGAUGGAGUGGUUUUUUUUUUUUUUUCAAACAAUUAAUUUCGUAUAAAUUUAAUAGUAUUUUGAUGACAGAAGUAUAAAAAAUCACAAAUAUUAUGCUACUAGUUAGUUAUCGAGUAUUAUCUUGACACGAGGUGACACGCUAAUUGCCGAUAAUUACUGGCCAUUUGAUCAUAACAAAAAGGGGAUUACACCUUUGGUUAUCAGUUUUAAUUGAGAAGCUCAUGUCAUUUUGUCGUUCUUGUGGUGAAGUCAAGCGAAACUUAGCAAUCACGUGCUUCUCAAAAAUCGUGUAUCUUCGGCGAUUAUUGCCUAAAAAUAAUUGAUUUUGGAAGAAAAAUGGCCGCUGAAAGGGGUCAGAUACGGCGGUCGGGAGGCAAUUUCGGUGGCCGCAGAGGAAAAUCCGUCGGGGGCGUCAUAAAAUGGCCGCUGAACGGAGAUGACCGCUGAUCGGAGGUGACCGUUAGUACAGGUUAGACUGUAUCUGGAAAUUAAUGCUGUAUUUCUUAAGAAUGCUUUGAACUUAAUUACUGACAGACUAUAUAUUACGAAAACACAAUCAUGAGAAUUAGUUGUUUUUACUACUUUUUAUGAUGAAAAUUGAAAAGCGCUUGUAACGCUUUACGCAAGGUAAAUUGCGUCGCUUAUAAAUAUCUAUAUUUACCGUGCAUUAAUCACUAAAUCCUCUGUAGCGGUAUUGGUAAUGACAGUGGAAAACUUCUUUAUUGCCGUGGUGGUCCAGGUUCGAUUCGCGAUGCUGUCGUCUUUUUUUUCAUGAUUUAGAAUUUUUAGAAUAGUUUAGAAACAAAAACUCAAAUUCUAGUGUUCAAAAUAUGACCAAACUUCAAUUUGAAAGAACGAUAUUUUUAGCCAAAAUCUGGAGGUCAGUGCCUUAAAAAUGAUGUUCCACAUCGUCACCUUCAUCAUAUGACACAAGGUCCAUAAUGCUAUCACCAGUAUGUUGUGAGUUAUGCCUUCUUUUUACUUUAAGGUUCAAAUUGUGAAGUACUUUUGCUCACAUUUAAUUCUUGAUUCAAACUCAAAAUACACAUUGUUAGCCACAUGAUAUGAUACAUGGUGAAGUACUUUAACAGAAAUUUUUUAAUGAAUUAUGUCCCUUUUAUACUUAUUUAAUGUUUCAAUACAGUUAAUCACUAUCUCUGUUUUUACUAAAUACAUUUGACAUAAACUUAAGCUAUUGUCCAAUAUCUUCAUCCACAUUGGAGUCAUUAAACACACCAGUGACAGCUCUGACUUCCUCAGACGUGCCUAGUUUCACUAUCCAGCAUCAAAAUAGUCAAGCAUGCCAUUUCCUGUGACUGAUUUUUAUAUAUAUGAAAACAUCAUACUUACUUCUAUCAGAUGCCAAAGAAUGAAUUUAAAUACUCAAAAAGAAAACCUUUAUUUGAUGAAUAUGCAGGAAAAGCAGUAAACAUGUGACAUAUGUUUACAGUAACAUUGAAAAGGACAGACAGGCUAUAAAUUUAGUCAUUGUAUUUCUGGGCAAUCAGCUGAGCAUUUGAUUUACUGCAUCUGGAUAAUUAUAAUCGGGUUAUCCAAGACCCUAGAGGGAGUGUUAAGGAAUUAUAUUGCUUUUGUGUAAUUGAUAUGAUAUGAUCUAGGAAAAUACAGAUUUUGACUGGAUGUCUUGGUCAAGAGGCCUUAUUGUUUGUAAAUAAAUGUUAAUAAUGUUCAUACUGUCGGUCUUAAAACAUGGAAUUGAAGAAUAAAAUAGUCUGAUUCAUUGGCAUAAACUGAAAGGAAGUUCAGUCUUUGUUGAAGGAGGGAGCCUAGGGAUAAAGUUCAAAUAAUACGUUUUCUUCUUUUUUUCAGAACAGAAAUUCACAACAUAAUGAAAGGUUUGAAGUGAUUCAAGUCCUUUAUUUAUGAAGAAAAUUGCAUAAAAAUUGGCAGUCUGUUUAUUUGAAGAGUGGGCCAUAAAAAUCUAUCACAGUUCUGUAAUAGAUUUACUCAUUCUUGAACUAUAUCACUUCAAAUUCAGCGAGGAAGGAAUUGCAGACCCAGAAAUCAUAGAUAUCUGUGUAACUCUUUAUUCCGACAAUAUAGGGGGACUUUGUGAUACACUUUGGUAGUUUAUGGGACUUUCACACUGUACACAAACUUAAGGCUCAUUUGAAGUUCUGAAGAGAGAGUUGAAUCUGUUUAAAGAUAACUGUGGAGUUUUACAUAUUUUAUUAUCUUAAUAGAAUCUUGAUGGAUUAAAUCUUAGAUUAAAACAGUACCAUAGUAUUAUUAGCUUAGGCUUUCUCCUUCAUUUUGUUGUGCUACAUAGCAUGCUUUAUCUUUGGAAAAAAAGAAAAAAAACCAUGUCUAAACAAGGCACCCUUUGCUCCUUAGUGUGUCCUUAAAUGUUAUGCUGUUUCAUGUAAAAAUAGUAAAAAGGGAUAGGACAUAGGGCAAUCAAGUAAUUUUAUGUUUUAUAUGAGACUAUGAUUUAGAUAUUUAUGAUAGUUAAGAAUUUGGUUAUGUGUUACAAGAUGUUUGUUUAGUUGAUGUUCCAAUAUAUCACAUUGUCCAUUAGCAGUCAUAACUGUUGAGGUCAUCCUAGUCCAUAGAUCAAAAAUAAAUCUUAAACGUGAUUAUGUCAUUAUUUGUAGUUGUAUGUGAGGUAAUAGCUUAAGAUCAUAAUUAAAUCCUGUGUUAAUAUUUUAUAUAGACUAGAUGGUGUUGAAAUAUGUAAAAGUUUCUAUUUACAUACUGUGAUAUAAUGUGUGAAAUUUUCUUUUACAUAUUUUACAAGAGACAUAUCAAGAAAGUAGUAUUGGUUUAAACAGUUUGUAAGUCUGUGGUUUGAAUCUGUUGCUGUUUUGAUUUAGUUAUUAUUUUUAGCUCACCUGUCACAAAGUGACAAGGUGAGCUUUUGUGAUCGCGUGGCAUCCGUCGUCCGUGCAUUAGUCCGUCCGUGCGUCCAUCUGUAAACUUUUGCUUGUGACCACUCUAGAGGUCACAUUUUUCAUGGGAUCUUUAUGAAAGUUGGUCAGAAUGUUCAUCUUGAUGGUAUCUAGGUCAGCUUUGAAACUGGGUCACGUGCCAUCAAAAACUAGGUCAGUAGGUCAAAUAAUAGAAAAACCUUGUGACCUCUCUAGAGGCCAUAUUUUUCAUGGGAUUUGUAUGAAAGUUGGUUUGAAUGUUCUUCUUAAUGAUAUCUAGGUCAAGUUCGAAACUGGGUCAACUGCAGUCAAAAACUAGGUCAGUAGGUCUAAAAAUAGAAAAACCUUGUGACCUCUCUAGAGGCCCUACUUUUCAAUAGAUCUUCAUGAAAAUUGGUCAGAAUGUUCACCUUGAUGAUAUCUAGGUCAGGUUUGAAACUGGGUCACGUGCCGUCAAAAACUAGAUCAUUAGGUCAAAUAAUAGAAAAACCUUGUGACCUCUCUAGAGGCCAUAAUUUUCAUGGGAUCUGUAUGAAAGUUGGUCUGAAUGUUCAUCUUGAUGAUAUCUCAGUAAAUUUCGAAACUGCGGUCAAACACUAGGUUAGUAGGUCUAAAAAUAGAAAAAACUUGUGACCUCUCUAGAGACCAUACUUUUCAAUGGAUCUUCAUGAAAAUUGGUCAGAAUGUUCAUCUUGAUGAUAUCUAGGUCAGGUUUGAAACUGGAUAACGUGCCAUCAAGAACUAGGUCAGUAGGUCAAAUAAUAAAAAAAACCUUGUGACCUCUCUAGAGGCCAUAUUUUUCAUGGGAUCUGUAUGAAAGUUGGUCUGAAUAUUCAUCUUGAUGAUAUCUAGGUCAAGUUCGAAACUGGAUCAACUGCGGUCAAAAACUAGGUCAGUAGGUCUAAAAAUAGAAAAACCUUUUGACCACUCUAGAGGCCAUACCCUUGAAUGGAUCUUCAUGAAAAUUGGUCAGAAUGUUCACCUUGAUGAUAUCUAGGUCAAGUUCGAAACUGGGUCAUGUGCCUUCAGAAACUAGGUCAUUAGGUCAAAUAAUAGAAAAACCUUGUGACCUCUCUAGAAGCCAUAUUUUUCAGUGGAUCUUCAUGAAAAUUGGGUCAUGUAGAGACAGG